AUGUGUGGAUAGUGGCUGUUUACAACAAUUUAGAUGUAAUUACUAGUGAUCCAAUUAUAAUGAUUAAAAUUGAAACUGUAAUUUUCUGUGCAAUGGAAAAUGUUAAUCGAUGAGAAUUAUAAGCGGUUAUAGCAGUAUAAUCAUAUAUUUGCAUAUAUUUGCGUUGAAUACAACGUGACUGUGUGUCAAAGUUCUAAUGCAUUUUUAUAUGAAGUAGUAUUCGUAGAAACAGGAGUCAUGUUUAACAUAGAAAUGCACAAAUGACACUUUGGAAAAAAUUGCAUGUGUUUUGAGUAAUGGGGUAAAAGGUUUAAAAAACUGUUUCUGUACCCAAGGUUGCAAGGAGCACAUUGCUGUUAAAAAAGAUGUAAUGUAUCAAAAGACUGUCAAUUAAUGUAUUUGAAAAAAAGAAAAGUUAAUCAAACAUGGACCGGAUUAUCAGCAUGGAUGAUGUUGAGACUGGAAUGCGUUCUUCCAAGAGCUCAGGGAUACCUUUCUGCAUCAGCUCAAACUCACUGUGCUAUGUUGGAAUUACAAUUGCUACCUUAGCCUUCCUUGGUGCUAUAGUCUUCAUCUGUAGAGAUUACAUCAAGGUGCUUCUCUACUGGAUCGAGCAUCAGAAUGCCUGGAUCAUUGCUGUAAUCUUCAUAGGCUUGUUCACGGUGGUGUCGUUUCCUAUUGUUAUCGGCUACUUGUUCCUUAUCGUUGCCAGUGGCUAUCUAUUCGGCAUGAUACACGGCAUGGCAAUCGUCGUGCUGUCCGCUAAUCUCGGCAUCGCAAUAGCUCACGUCACCCUAGGAUUGUUGUCCACUAGACUGCCGAUCGGAGCUCUCUUGCAAAACGACACGGCGAAAGCGAUUCUUCGCGUCAUUUCCGGAUCUCAUGCGUUCAAGAUCGUGCUGUUCGCACGACUCACUCCAGUCCCAUUCGGUCUUCAAAACACGAUUUUUGCCGUCAGUAAUAUACGUGGUUUUCAUUAUCACGUGGCCAGUGCGGUAGGUUUAUUGCCUGCCCAACUGAUCAACGUUUAUUUGGGAAGCAGUUUGCGAUCGAUGCAAGAUGUGCUGGAAGACAGAUCAACAGCGGCAACCGGCUACAUAGUCUUUUGCUUUCAGAUAUUAGUCGGAGUCUCGCUGAUGGUUUACAUUGUACAAAAAGCACGAAAGGAGCUUCAACUAACGUUGUACGAAGCCGAUCUCACGUCUGUGGCACAUUCUCCGCAUUAUAUUCUCGACAGUCUGCCGGAUUCAAAGAUAAGCUUAACAAAUCUAAUUGCGUAAUUAAGGUUUUUACAAAAUGUGGUUAAUUGGCGGUUAUUUGUACGUUUGUUGUAAGUGACGGUUGAUUUCUGUUUUUCUAACAUUAUUAUGAAUAUUAUUAGUUUUCUCAUAGGAAAAGAAGAGAAAGAGAGAGAAAGAG